AUGAUGAUGGCGCAGUCAUUCGCUGCCCAUCAAGGCAUGCAGCAACAUCCUGGUCUGCCUCCUGGUCAUCCGAUGGCCCACGCUCAACAUCCAAAUGCUAUUCACCCCGGCGCCGGAAUGGUCCAACAGGUACACCCCGGUGUGUCGGCACCCGGAGGACCCCAAGUCAGUCAGGCUGGCCCGAUGAUGGGCGCCAUGCCUCCAGGUGCUGGGACGGCUGGUCCUGGGGGUCCCGUACCAAAUGCUCAUGCUCUCUCUCACUUGGGCCCGACCCAAGCGCAUCUCUUCCAGCAGCAUCAAUUCCCGCAGAACUUCGCGAACAACCCCCAAUUACUGCAACAACACCAACAGCAGCAAUUGCUCCGGCAAAGAAUGAUCCUUCAUCAGCAGCAGCAGCAGCAGCAACAACAACAGCAGCAGCAGCAGCAGCAGCAGCAGCAGCACGGAGCCCUCCCCGUUUCAUUGCCCAAUGGCACCCAAAACUUGAACACGGCUCAAAUUGCGGCCAUGCAGGGAAAUCCCGCGAUGCGACCGGUCCUUCAACAGAUGCACCUUCAGCAGUUGCCGCACGGACAGCCUCAGAUGCAGACACCGCAGCAGCAACAACUACUCGCCCUCCAAGCUCAACAGGCACAGCAAGCGCAAGCUCAGCAGGCGGGCAAUGCUGGACAGCCCGGCCAGCCUACACCUCAACAACGUGCCGCAGCACAACCUCAAAAUAUCCACGAAGCACAAAGCGUCACCCCUCAGCCGCCACCAGGCCCGGCUCCUCACCAAGGGAGCAGCACGCCGCAGUCGAAUCCGCCGCAACCUUCGUCUCAACCCCCGGCACCACAGGCGGCAACCUCCCAGGCGCAGCCGACUCCGAAUCCGCCCCAUCAGCAACUUCCACAAUCCCAACAACCGAUGCAGCAACCGCAACAUACUCCGCAGCCACAGCCGCAACCGCAUCCUCAACAAGGCCCACAAGGCCCACAAGGCCUGCAGCAGGGCGCGCAACCCACGCCGGCCAUGACGGCACAGGAGGCUCAGCUCAAAGCGCAGCAGCAGCAGAACCUCAUGUUACAGCAGCGCAUGGGCAUGAAGAGCACGACGACUUUAUACCUUAACGCCUUUGCAGAACAGUUGAGUAACUUCAGGAGUCGGGAUGAAGCUCAUGACCUUCUGUAUUGGCAAGAGUUCGUUGACCGGUUUUAUUCGCCCGCGGGCGUUUUGCGACAGGGUGUUUACAACCGUCAAUCGGGUUCCAAGCAAUUCGAAAUAUCGACUCCCGCACUAGCACGCUACUACCUAACGCAAUUCAACAGUGGUAUCCGCCAUAUCCAGAUGCUUGUCGAGGGUGUGCGGGAGACUGCAUCCCCAAGCGGCGGCCAUAUUGUCGAAAGUGCAAAGACUUCGUUUAUUUACUGGUUCAUGAAUGAUUCACAGUUGUUCACAAACGGGCGGUUACGUGCAUACUUUGAUGCCAACCAUAAAAUCGAAAUGUUGGAUAUUGUGGUUAUGAAUCAUACGGAAUAUCUUCCUCGGCCUCAGUUGCAGGCAUUGGAGCAGGCUGAGCAGCAGAAGCAAAGUCCCAAGGUGUCCAAGAACACAGGCAAACGCGGCCAGCAAAAGCAAGCAAAUACGCCUUCUUUCACUUUGCCCGAGUCGAUGGUGACUGAUCACGGGGUCCCGAUUGCAGUAUUGAGUUUCCUGGAGGUCGCUGAGACCAUCUCGCAAAUGCAAAUGUUGCUUCACCACUCCCAACAAAAUCCUCAGAUGUCUGCCACGGAGUCACUACGGAAUCUCGUCAGCACCCUACAAACCCAACAGACUCCUAACAUGGGCUUUAUGCCAACGCCCAUGAACCCAGCAUUACAACCCGGGCAGCCCCCACGAGGACCCCCAUUGAACGGACCGGCGCAAUUUGCAUCACCGGGAAUGCAUCCUCUAGGGUUGCCGGGUGCGCAAGGUUCGCCGCACAUUACCGGAUCGGCACACGCCAGCCCAGCCCCUAGUCACUUGGCCGCACCUGGCAUGAUCCCACAAGGGCAGGUUCAGCCGAACGCACACAGCGCCAGCGCAAGUCCCAACGUGAGCAACAAACGGCGGCGACAAAGUACAAUCAAGGUCGAGGGAGAUGAUUCUGGGGGUGCACCCGAGGUCAACGGGACUGGCCCUCAAGGAGGAGCCAAGGUGAAGGCCAGUCCUCGAGUGACCAAAAAGCAAAAAGGCGGCGCAUAG